CGAGUGAGAACCAAUUCCACGAAUCAUCGUUGCAUCGCAUCGCAUCGCUUCUUCCGGUUGCGUUUCUGUUUCCGUCGCACCAACAAGAACAACCGCAACUACGUACUCGUACCACCAUCGACGCUGCGAGCACGACUCCGAAACAGAACACAGUGAAAGCCCGGACAACGUAAGUACGCAGCAAUCGUCCCGAUUCGUUCCCGUCUCCGGUGUGGGAACAACGCAUGAGCGUGUCGUUUCUUCCUUCCUUCGCGGCAAGCCGACGCCCCGGGGAAAAGGAUUCCCCUCGGACGAUGGCUCUGUUCGGUGGAACCAUAGAGGGGUCCGAGAUUCGAUGUUUGUUUCGUGGCACACGGAACAAAAGACACACAUCGAGACGCGAAAACGUAACCCUGUGAACAGAAGAAAGAAACGAAAUAGCGCCUCAUUGUUUUGUUUGGUGUCACCACUUUGUUCGUUGCUCUGUUUUUUCUCGUUCGGUUCCUACCCGCAACCAAAGACCGGCCAACCGACCGACACCAAAAGACAUAGACAUUCGAAGCACAAAACAACAACGGCUCGAAACCACAUCCACACGACCAUGCGAUGAUAUCCGACGGAACUUUCAAAUCUGCCAGACAUUGACGAAUUCAAUUCAAUUCGAAUCGGAUUGGCGGUUGGAGUUUAGUGCGCAUCCCACCGCAGAGCAGAGCGGAGACGAUUGGCUCCGGUGUGGUGGAAAAGGCGGAGCACAGAACUUCCCGGUGCCGGUGUUGAAUGGCUCCACGAAAGGAAUCGCGGGCCAUGGAGACAGCAACGAUGGCUUCCGCGACGCCAUCCCUUCCUCUCUCCAUGAUCGAGGACGCGAAAUCGUCGGAUUCCGAGAUCGAUGCGUACGCCGCUAGGGUGCUAAAGGCGAUGAGCCCGCCGGACACGAGCAUCUUCGACGACAGCCUGGGACCCUACGUGGCCUCUAUGAUUCGGUGCGCAGACAUUCGGGCGAAGGAGGAGGUCAAAUCGCUCGCCGAAUUCGAUUCGAUCCUGGAACUCCUCGAGGACCAGUGCAGCAUGGACCGGGAAAAGGCGGCCGACUGCGUUCUGAGGAUAACGGACGCCGUCGUCACGCACGUCCUGCCCUUUUCGGAACGAACCGCGGCCACCGUGGGCGUGCGGAGGACCCGCUGCAACAGCUUUCCCCUCUACACGCAGCACGGAGGGGCGCUGGAUUCCUUUCGCAGCAUGAGCAGCGCCCUUCCGGAAAGCAUGGCCGCGCUGGCGGAGACCGGCGAGACGGAGGCGCAGGCGCAGACGCCCUCCAAGUCCUUUGGACCGGCCGACACCGCCAAUGCCUUUUCCCUGGGGGGGCCGUCCCCCCUCCGACUCGACAAUCUCAUCCCGCUGGACCUGAUGGGGGAACUCGACGAUCCCUCCCCGGCCUAUUCCUCCCCGUCGGCAUUGGCGUCGGUACUGCUCGCCCCAAAGAUAGGCCUGCGGGCAGCACCCACGACCCUGGCGCAGACACGGACGCAGUCGCAGUCGCACCGGUACGCGACUUCGUUCGAGCCAAAACAAUCGCCCCAAACCAGCGCUAGCCUAGCGGCGGUCCACGGCCAGCGCAACAACGAGUUCCCACCGCUCGGAACCUCCCCCGAGGCCUUUCCGCCACUCGGGGCCCGCGUGGAGAAACCGAAAAAGGUCAAGAUACGGAGCUCGAAAAAAUCCAGCGACGGAAAAAUACAACAACACUCCGACAAGGACCUGGCGGCGACCCUCUUCCGACCGGCGAGGCCGCGACAGAACAGCAUCGAAAGCGAGGAGGCCGCGUCGAGGUCCCGCGGGUCUUCGAACGCGAGUGCCUCGAUGCUGGCGAUGUCCGCCACGGGCACGAUCGACGAGGAAAGCGCGGUCUGUGGGAACGGCAUGAGCAACAACAUUUACUUCCAGCAGCAGCUGGAUUCCUGUGUGGAAAUUCUCUUGUCCAUGAACCCGGAUCUCUCCGAGGAGGCGGCCGCGGCAGCGGGACUCAUGGCCGGUACCGAUUUCAAUCUCGCCCAGUACAUCAUCGAUUCGGCGAUACGGGCGCCUCCCAUCUGUCGCCACAUGCUUCACGACGGUUGCUACCGAAGCGACUGCACGUUCAGCCACGACGUGGAGGGCCACACGUGUCUCUUUUGGCUCCGCGGCCGCUGCGGGAAGGGAAGUGCCUGCAAGUUCUUGCACGGGUUUCACGAGAAACUCCUGGACGGCAUCGACAUGUCCGGGUAUCGAUCGCAGCAACAGCCGAACAGCAACAACAACAACAGCAACAACAACAACCUCCACGGUGCGGCCGCGUCCUCGGCCGGGUACAACCAGAUGUAUCCCCCCGGUCUGGCGUCGUCCUCGGCGAGCUUGUCCGCCAGCCCGGAGGGCGGCGGUAGCUUUGGCGGGGCCCUUUCCCCACUGCUGGCUUCCUCGUGGACGACCCCUUCGGUGCCGGAAGAUCCCUUUGCAUCGCCCGGAAAACCCCCUUCGGAGGCCCAGUUUUCCUUUGCCAACGUUGCCUCGAAGGGGCACGAGCGGAAGCGGUUUGCGGAGGGGACUUGUUUCCCGGCCACGACCAGCGCUUCCGCCAGGCCUUCGAUCCCGACGGUCCGGAUCCCGCAGGACCUGUGGAACCCGCACGAAAACCGCGACCCGUCCGUCUUUUACAUCAGCGAUCCGCUCGAGCGGUACCAAAAGGUCGCCGCGUCGGUCCAGCGGUCCGACGUCAUCGACCUGCACUUUCAGUCCACCAAGACCUUUCCGAAGGUCCUCGAAACGAUGCUCCCCCUCAAGCUGGGAAGCGAAAGUGCAAACCGCGGAAAGGUCUGGAUCGUCACCGGAACGGGCCACCACGUCGGAAAGAAGACCCACCAGAAGGGGGGCGGGGCCCUCGAGUCCGCCGUCGUGCGGUGGCUCUCCGACAAGAACUACCGCUUUGCGAAAGGGAGGGACAAGAACGGACUCUGCGGCGCCCUCCUGGUCACGGCGGACCGGUAGCGGAAGGCUGCGGUGUGCGGUGCGGCGCUUUUUGGGUCUUGUUGGGUCGCCAGCGAUGCGAUGCGAUCCUUUAGUAGUAACAACGAAUGCAAUGCAAACCGAUUCUUGCCACGGCCGCGCCUCUAGCGACUUUUU